AGUUUGUCUUCAGGCAUGACGCGGAUAGUACUAUUCAGGGCUCUCUUACUACAAACCUUUUUCUAUAUAACUGUUUACAGUUCAACGUAUAAUUGUAACUCAAAUGAAUUUCUGGAACAAGCAAAGAAAGAUUGUCCAUACUUUGGAGCAAGAGAGAGGAGAUUUUGUAUCCAGACGAAAAUACGCGUAUGCCGAAGGUGCCAGAGAGAUCCGUUAUACUCGGGUUGCGGUAAAGCUCCAAAAACUACAUUUCAACCAUCAAUACAACCAAUGGAAGUGAACGUAAAAUCGUCUAAUUCUGUUGAUACCAGCGCUUACGGAGAGAAAAUGAGGAAAAAGGUAUACGAGACAAUGCAAAAACUCCAUAAAGUUCAACAAAAACUUACCGAACCGGUAAACCAAGUGCCAACUGGCGAUUACAUAAUGAAACAGUUUCACGACGAAAAGAAAAAAGCUAUCGAACAAAAUAGAAAGCGUUAUGAAACCAAAGGUUCACUUAAUGUUAACAAACAAGCUUGUAGACCGUCUGUAAAUGCUAUUAAGGUUAACAGCCAUGUCUACUUUGAUAUAGCCAAAUUAAGAACCGCUGAGAGAGUUGAAUGGGCAUUUUUAAGAUUAAAGAGUAAAAGUGCAAGCUAUGUUAAAAAGAUUUUAAGGGCCAAUGGGUGUAGGGCCAAAGACUCUGAUCAUGUCAGUUUAAUAUUGAAACCUAGCAAACUAUCAAGACUUUGGUCAGGAUUUAGGAUUGAGGCGGACAAAACAAAGAAAAGUCUAAAAGUCGACACAGGACGGGCAUUUAAAGCGAACAAAUGGUAUAGUAUUCCUAUGAAAACAUCAUUACUGGAUAGGUGGAUGGAUAAAAAUAUAGAGAAUUCAGGUGCUCAAAUUCUUGUUAAAAUUGGUCGAUGUCGAAGGUUUUUGGCCUCGGAUUUAUUCCAUAUUCACGAUUGUAGAACUGGUCCAAUAAAAGUUCAAACGGUAACACCUAUCUUAAUACCAGAAAAUGAAAUAUAUUCAGUGAACAAUGUUUUCAUAAAUACUGGAAUAUUUCCAUUUAUGGAUAUAAUGGUAAAGGAGGAUGAUAAUUUGAAAGAGGCACCCUUCUUUGAACAAAAAAAUCCCAAGAGGCAGGCCCAAUUAGAAGAAGUUAUAAAAAAUCUUCAUUGGAUCGUGGACUGA